AUGUGUUAGAAUUCUGAAUCUUCUGAAUGUUAUUCUAAGUCUUCUGGAUUGGAUAAUAAGUAAGCGUUAUUUAUAAAUUAAGGAAACAGAAUCAUAAGAUACAAGAAAAUAGUAGUUAAAGCGAUAAUGACUAAAUAGAAAAGAAAGUAAAGUUAAAUGAUGAAAGAGGAUAAAUUAAAAUAUCAAGAAAAAUGAGUGAUGAUUUAAUCAAAAUUUUUGAAAGAUUACCUAAUGAUUAAAUUACAAAACUUUUAGAUGUUAUCAAAGUUAAGAAUUCACGUAUAAAAAUAAACAUAAUUCUAUUUUAUAGCUGAUUUACCAGUUUAAGUUAAUUUAGAUGAUUUAAUGUCUAAGGAAGAAGACUUUAUAUUAGAUAGUUAAUCAGAUUCUUAAAAUGGAAAAUUAAGGAAACGAAGAGAGUCAAAAGAAAAAGAAUGUAAAUGUUGUAAGCAAAUUGUAAUACGUCAUCAUUGUAUACAUACAGAAUGUGAAAAGCCUUGUUAAUUCUAAGAAAAAAUAAACAAAAGCAAGCCUUGA